UGCCGGAGGAGGAGGAGAAAUGGCGAUUUCUAACGGCACUGGGAGCGGAGAGGAGGGAGGGAGAUCGGAACGCGGUCCUCUGAAAGUCGGUGUCAUUGUGCUGGUAGCUGCGUCAGACGAUGAGUCCUGGUCGCUUCUGGAGUGCCCUCCCGAAAACUGGAACGCCUCAGCUGUCAUCCUCAUAUCCACCUCGACCAACUGCAGGAAGACGGACCUCCUGCAGACGCCUUUGCUCUUCAGAACGCCUUCGGCGGCCCUCCUCUGCCCCCUCGCCCCCAGGAAGAUACACGCUCAGAGCCAGCCCCUCUUCCGGGUGUGGUCCUGGAAGCCGUUCGUCGCAGCCGACCACUUGGUCGACCUUGGCGCCUGGAACCCGGGAGACUUCAGCACCUGGAAACGGCUCUUCGUCGACCGUUUCGACGACAUGACCACCAAGAUCGUUCAGGUAUUCGCUCAGACCGUCGACAGGCCCCUGUUCUACAGAGACUCAGACGGGGAGCUGAAGGGGAUGAACCUCAAGAUACUGAGGGCGAUGUCCUCAGUGCUCAGAUUUAGUCUGAACGUGACCGGGGAAUUUGACGUGAGUUGGACCGAUGUGCUGGAGCCUGUGAAGGAAGGGAAGAACGACAUCUUCAUCAACUUCGGGUUAAUGACUCCUGAGAGGAUGCGGGAAUAUCACAUGACAGUUCCUUAUCUUCUGGAAGGGUAUGGGAUCAUGCUCGAGGUUCCUCCACUUCUUCCCAGGUGGAAAAACAUCCUGUAUCCGUUUGACUUGAACGUUUGGAUCGCCACGAUCGUGUCGGCAAUCUCCGCUUCGAUCGCCUACCAUCUCCUCUAUCGCGAGUACGAGAAGUCUCUCAUCAACAACGCUAUCGCCAUUUUUCAGUGCCUGCUGUCACGUUCGGCAGAUGUGAUGCCUGACCCGUGGCGUAUUCGGUUGUUCCUUCUGAUAUGGUCAGUAGGUGCCUGGAUUCUGAAUAUCUGCUACACCAGCAACCUGAUCGCCGUGCUCUCCAUCCCUGUCUUUCCCAAGAAGAUCGAGACAAUGCAAGAACUGGCAGAUAGCGAUUACAGACUUUGCGUGCUGGAUUAUGGGGACCCCGCCCCAGAGGCCUUGAGAACGUCCGACCACCCGGUCCUAGCCGCCCUCGGACGCAAGUUAGACCUAGUGCCUCUGAAUCUUACCCACUAUUUCUGGGGCGGCAUCGAACCCUGUGUUUACAAGGUGCUGAACGGCACUCACGCCCACUUCGACACUUACUCCUUCAUCCAAAUCUUCUACAACAUCCUCGGCCAUGGCUCUGUGACCUACAGAAUGAAAGAAAGGCUUUAUCCAGGGUACCUCGUUUUCCUAAUCUAUAAACAUUCUCCUUGGCGGUACAAGGUCGACGUAGGACUACAGCGCUUGACAGAAGCUGGGCUCAUCCAGAAAUGGUACGACGACACAAUGGAUGCGUUCAGAGACAACCUCAGCGAGGAAAGGAGCGUAGGCCUACAGGCCUUCUCACUAUCCCAUCUCCAGGGGCCAUUUUACAUGUUCAUUGGAGGAGUCUACAUUUCCUUAAUGUGUUUUUGUGGGGAAUACAUUCUCCCGAGCGGAGCUCUGUCGUGAAAAAAGAAAAAAAAAGCUCGUGCUACAGUUGAGGAUUCAGAAGUUGACCACUAUUAAGAAAAUGUGUCUAAUCACUGUAAUUACAGAGUAAUUCCUUAGAACUUGAUUAUUCAUGUGUUCAAAAUGAUACAGAUUGUAUUGAUAAUGGAGUAAUGUAUUCCGUACAAAAUUAAAAUAUAUAUUUA